ACUCCUUGUAAUUUUCAUUGCAAUGAGAACGAGUACAAUUCAAUUACAUUUGUUUUGUAAAGUUUCAAAUUAUACUGUGAAAUUUUACAAUGUUAAUUUAAAUGGUUGUUGAACAAUAAACAUUUAUCCACUUUGGGAUCCUUAUUCAAAUUUGAAAGUGUUAAUUAAUCGUGGAUCAGAAUUCAAACGCAAAUUAUAAAGAGAUGAUAUUACUUUGAUCCUCAGUUAGUUGUGUUCGAAGACAGUUUGUUAUAAAAUAGAGCAACCCUACAGCCACCAGUUAUUCAACCUAGGAUGGCCCAACUGGAAACACUUGAAGCAAAGAUGGCCAGUAUAGAAGUUUCUCUAUCCAGUACACCUAGACGAAAGAAGAACGGCAGCAUCUCCGGGAUCAGUCUAUCCUCUUCGAUACAAUCUAUUCCCAAAGAAUUAGCAGUAAAAGAACUAGAAAAACUUAGAAACGCAUUAAGAGACAAAGAAAAUAUCAUACAAAGUUUAAAAGGCCAGCUCACAAUACCCGGUUUAAGGUUAAAUGCUAUAAGAAACACGUCUAAUAAUAACAAUAAUAAUAUCAAAGAAUUGACAGAGGUCGAAAAGAAACAGGCCGAAGCGAGAUUGCAUAGAUUGAAGACAGAUAUUGAUAACAAAAGACUGACUAUUAAGAAUUUAAAAAUGGCGUUGGAGAGGCUCGAUAUUACAGAUAAUAUCGACGUUCGGAUACAACAAGCAGAACUCGAAUACCAGUUAGGAAGAGAAGAACUAAAUCUUCUGACUCUAUUGGAAGAAACUAGGGCUUUGCAAUUGUGUAUAGAGGAAUCUAAUAAACACUCUUCGGAAUAUCAUACGUUGUACAGUUGCGUGCAGGGAAAUGACUGUGUGUUACUACAAGCUUUACAGAUAGAUUACGACACGAAUAAUCCUAAAUUUGGCGCUGGACCCAAAGAAUCAGUACCUGGUCUUUAUGUAGAUUGGGCGUUGGAAGAGACAAAUUUGUGCAAAGGUGAUAGAUUGAUAGAAGUGAACGGUAAGAUAGUUUUAAACAAAAGUCGAGAUGAUCUCAACAGACUUCUAGCGGCCGCACCAGAUCCCGCUCAGAUAGUUAUCCUCAGAAAAGUUCCUGAAAACGAACUCGCAAUUAGUUCGAAUGGUAGCUCAAUUGAAAUCAGCUGUCUGCGAAACGAGUUAGAGUCUUUUCGAGAGAGGGCAGAAGAAACGCAGAAGGCAAAGGAAGGGCUGAAGUCUGAUAAUAUAAGAUUAACACAUAGAAUUUCUUAUUUAGAAGAACAGGUUUCAGAACUGCUUAAUCGCAAAUCUACCGAGAAAAAUGCAAAAAAACUUCCUCCAACCUCAAUGAUCUCCAAAUCCACCCAAAACGUAACUAAUAUAAACAUAAGAACAGAUUCUUCAACAAAAACUUCUAGUACAAACCCAGAUCAUCAAAUAUUCCAAAAAGGCAAUCAUAUCAGCGCAAUUACAUCAGAUAAAGAACAAAUUUGUGUUCCCACUAGAUCUAAAAGUAGCCUUUCUAAUGUUUCGAAUACCAUUAUUUCUUCUUUAAAUGGCGAUUACUGUAAUAAGUUACAUAGUAGACAUAAACAUAAAUCGUCAAGAAACGGUGUACAAAGUCCCACAGGUCAUGAUUCAUCGAACGAAAAAAUGUCUUAUAGAAAACACGCACACCAUCAUCACCAUCAUCAUAGAGAGAAAGAUUACAGUUCUGAAACAAAUUCUGGAGUAGAUAUAAGACGAUAUAACAAGAAUACGGAACCAGCCAGAUACUCAACAGACUUUGCAAAAGCAAACUCUGAAAAAGAGUAUGCAAGUGAUAUUAUGGACCAAAGUUACAAAAAGGCUACACAGAUAGUGCACGAUCUUACUCGAAGUAGGGAUUCUACUUUAUAUGAAAAACAUCGCCAAAAAUGUCUAACAGCAUCUGAAAAAUACAAUACUGAUAUUUUAAAGCAUUACAAUGCAAGAAAGUCCACUUCAGUGUUAGAUUUUAGAUCUGAAAUUCAUAUUGGACCAAAAUACGAUUCGAAAAGUGUCGAACAUAUAGACGACAAUGAAAUUUGUACUAACGGUAAUGUUUAUCGAAGAAUAGUUGAUGCCAGAAGUGUCAAAUCUCUUGAUUUCGACAGUGAUUGUAACUCUAUUAGACCAAAUGGAACUUCUAGUAAUGUAGAUUAUACAUCGGAGCCUAAUACUGACAAAAAAUUGUACUAUACAAAUGGUUACGAACAAAUGAAGCCCAGGCCGACACCUCCCAAAAAGCCUUUAAGGUUAUCUUUACACAAAACCCAUAGUUUACAGUCUGUCGAAACUAAUUCAGACUGUCAAAGUAGAAAUGAAAGAAAGUGCAUGAAAAGAAACUAUAAGGGAGAAAAUCCUCUUGUUUUGAAACCUCUUGAUAAAAGUAGCAGUAAUUAUCAGAUGAAGUGGAAUUACAGGAAAAGUUUUGAUAAUACGCUAGAAAAUGGAAGUUGGUGUUAAUAUAGUGGAAGAACUAUAUAUACAUUUGGUAUAUAAAAGGGCAUUUUAUAAAUAUGAAUGAUCAAUAGUUGGAUCACAGGCUUAGUGCCUCAAAAUAUUAUUAAUUUGCUAAAUAAUACUAACUAGUUGGAUACUCUAUAUUAUCUUAAUGUACAUAUUUCCACAACUAAUGUUAGUAAUAUUUUAGCAAAUAAAGAAAUAACACAGUCCCUAAAAUUAAUCAGUAAUUUUACUAAAAUCGAAAAAUUGUGGAUGCAAAAAAAGUGAUUUUCAAUUUUUUUAUAACUUGAUAUUCUUAUAAUGAGAAAAGCAAGGGUAAUUCUAAUAAAAAAUGUAUAGUGAUCCGUUUAAAAAAUAUAAGUUUGUACCAGUUCGAAGUUAUUGAACAUAUUUGAAAAUAAUUUUAAAGUUUAACGUCGUUUACCAUUCUGUAUAUUAGCUAUUUAUGUAACCAGUUACUAAAUGCCUCGUUUUGUGAGUGAAUAUUUUCGGGGCGAGCGGAGCGAGGUCCCGCAAAAUUAACAAAUCAUACAAAUCGAAUUUUGCAACGUGUUACAAGAUUUAACCAAUAUUUUUUAUACUUUUUUUCCUACUUUAUCGGCAAUGGACGUUAGUCCUCCAGCCACAUACAAAUUGAAACGUAUUACGUUUAAAUAUUAGACAUCAAUAUUAUUUUUACUUAUAUAAUCUACCAAUAAAUCGUACACAGAUUGAUUUCCAGUCGCACACCUUAAUUUUUUUUUAUACUUGUAAUCAAAGAUUUUAGAAAACGAAUAUUUGGGCACAAUUGGUGGGGAAGAAAUGUCGCGUAUUAAAGAUACAGUAGACUUUUUCACAUUUAGUAGAUAUAUGUUUAACCAAAAUUAUUAAAAAUAUAUCUUCAACACCCUACUAUUGUGUAACAGCUGACUGACCCAAUGUUAUUUAAGAAAAUAUUUUGAAACACUUAAAACUGUGAUUCAAAUGGUGACCAUUCUUUAUAAACCAUGUAAGUUCACAAAUUGAUGAUUUUCUGUAGAGAGUGUAAAAUGCUAAAUAUUAAUGAAGGUUUUAUCGGUUGUUUUGUUUUACUGAACUAGAAUAAUGUAUACGGAAUUAAAUGUACGAGGUAACAAUUUCAAAACUUAUCUGUCUCAUUAAUUAAAGAUGGUUUGAGAAAAUAGUUAAAACCUUUCCUACGAUACGAAGGGAGAACCUAAAUUACACAAUAUAGAACUCACCCCAAUCAACCCCUAAGCGCCACUACCUCAUUUUUAGAGCUGCACAAAUAUUUUAUAGACGUUAAGGGACCCACGUUGAUGUUAGGUGUGUUACCCACUAAAACUUUACCUUCUGCAAGACUAGCACUUCGACGAGACCGCCAGGUGGUAUUACUUCGACAAAGUAUCAGUGUCUUGUAUGAAUCCCUCUAGUUCUUUGAUUUGUUUUUAUUAGUUUUUGAAUAUUUUUUCAUCAUAUUGGUAAUUUUUAACCAGUUGUUCUCGAAUCGAAGUAGUAGUUCUCCAAUGUUUUACGAUGUGAGCAAAAUCUGAUUGCUUCUUUCUAUAGGUUAAUCACCUGGAAUGUACAAAAAAUGUAUGGUUAGGAAUGUCCUCUUCGUCUUUACGGUAUCAACUAAAGCAGUUAUGUCUCUUCUAUUCUCCCCAGCUAGCACAAAAACAUCCCAUCUACGUUAAUAAGCUGCAAUUUUAGGCUCUUUAAGCUCGCAUGCAAUGUACUGUAAAUGUAACCCUUAUCUCCCUGCAACUACCGAAUGUCCGCAACGGCAAGACUUUUAUAGCACAUCUCACAGAAGUUACAAAGUGAAGUUCGAAAAACAUCACACUAGCACUUUUACGGUACUUACCCCGAAAGUUGCUCUGAAACGUUCUAUUGAUGUUAUAAUGUAAAUUAGAUCUACAGCAUUAUACAGUGUGUCCACGGAUGGGCUUAACUAUACUUGUGAAAAUAUUUAUUUUAAAUUAAAAAAGUAAUUCUUCAUAAUUUCUUGCUUGUUAAAUAAAUUCGAUUCACAUUGAGAAAUUAUGAAAAAUAACUUUUUCUUUAAUUUAAAAUAAAUAUUUUUACAAGUAUAAUUAAGUCCAUCCGUGGACAUACAUUGUGUAAUGUAAUACAGAGAGGCUGAAAUUGAGGCUAUAGUAAAAUCUCAAUCGAGACAUGAAAAUUUCAAAUAAAACAAAAUAUUUAUAUAAAUUUAUUAUUAAAAUGUUCUUGAAAUCAAGUACC